ACAUGCCAAAGAUCGCUAGUAGAUGAACUGGACACAAGUGAAGAUCAGUUGCCUUUUUCAACUGAUGUGCAGCAUGACCAAGUGAUUGAAACACAACAUAGUGUACUUACACAGACGUUUGGGAAUUCACAAUCGUCAUGUAUUUUCGAAGGAGAUUCUAUAUACUUGUCGUAAGUGGAUUGUCCUCUUACACCACAGAGCAAAGAUUAUCAGAAGCAUUUUCUCAAUAUGGUCAAGUUGUUGAAGCAAAAAUUGCAAUGGACAGAGUCUCAGACAGAUCAAAAGGAUUUGGAUUUGUGACCUUUGCAUCAGAAGAUGAAGCAGAGAAAGCCAUUGCUGAGAUGAAUGGAAAGGCUCUGAAUGGACGUGUUAUUUUUGUGGAUUAUGCAAAGCUCAAAACCAGUUUCGGAGGUGGAAUGGCAGAAGCCAGAGGGCCUCCAGAACCGACUGCUAACAAGUGAAUACUUAUACGAGGAUGUUAUUUGUGCAGAACUUUUAUCAGCUUAUUCUUGCUUAUAAUCAAUAUUUUUGUGACAAUUGGAGAUGUAUGCAACAACUGAAGCGCCAGUCAGAACUAGAAGCUAGAGUUGAUACUAUUUCAUGUCAGAAUCGAACAUUCUUUGAAGACAGUGGAUGAGACUGUGGGAAAUUCACACCAAAA